UCGUACGAAUUACGACUUGGUGCGUCACUAGCUGGUCCUGGUUCUGGUUCUGGUUCUGGUUGCGGGAGCACGUACACGCGACGCGGGCCGCUGGGCGUGUUGUCUUAUUGGGGAUUCUGAUCAAAUCGAGGCGAGAAACCGUGACAGCGCUAUUCCAGAGCAGGGACUGACAAGCAGCACGGGAGAAACACCUUCCUCGCCAAACUUCAAUUCAAUUCCGCAGAGCACUGAGCUUUAGAGAGAGAGAUGUCGUCGGAUGUGGCGUGCUGUGGACCGCAGUUCUGGCUGUACGUGGUGAUAAUCAUCGGACUGGUGGCGUUCGCUGGCAUGAUGGCCGGUCUCACGCUUGGACUCAUGUCCCUCGGCCUCGUCGACCUCGAAGUCCUCAUGAAGUCCGGCCGUCCUCAAGAUCGCAUCCAUGCCUCUAAGAUAUUUCCAGUGGUGAAGAAUCAACACCUCUUGCUCUGUACCUUGUUGAUUGGCAACUCUUUGGCCAUGGAGUCUCUGCCUAUAUUCUUGGACAAGCUUGUGCCUCCGUGGCUGGCAAUCCUGGUGUCAGUGACUCUUAUUCUCAUGUUUGGAGAGAUCUUGCCUCAAGCAAUUUGUACUCGAUUUGGAUUGACAGUCGGGGCAACUAUGGCUCCUCUAGUCCGUGUUCUACUCUGGCUGUUCUUUCCUGUUGCUUAUCCAAUUAGUAAGGUUCUUGAUUGGAUGUUGGGAAAGGGACAUGCUGUCCUUCUACGAAGAGCAGAGCUUAAGACAUUUGUAAAUUUCCAUGGCAAUGAGGCUGGGAAAGGUGGUGACCUAACCCAUGAUGAAACCACUAUCAUUGCUGGGGCACUUGAAUUGACUGAAAAGACAGCAAAAGAUGCUAUGACCCCCAUAUCGAAGGCAUUUUCCCUUGAUCUGGAUGCAACUCUUAAUUUGGAGACAUUGAAUGCAAUUAUAACGAAGGGCCAUAGUAGAGUUCCUGUUUAUGCUGGAAAUCCAACAAAUAUCAUUGGACUUGUCCUGGUUAAAAACGUCUUGGCAGUUGACCCAAGAGGUGCAGUUCCUCUCAGAAAAAUGAUAUUAAGAAAAAUUCCUAGGGUCUCAGAGAACAUGCCUCUUUAUGAUAUUCUGAAUGAAUUUCAGAAGGGUCACAGCCACAUAGCCGUUGUAUACAAGGACCUCAAUGAUAUGAAAGGGAAUCCAAAGAAAACAACAGAAGAACAUCAUGAUACGGACCCUCCUGGUAUUCAGAAUCGGGGGAUGAAAUUUGAUUCACAUGAUGCUGACAUGGCUGUAGUUAAGAAUGAGAACAAUCAAGAGAAAAAGAAAAGUCCUCCACGUACCCCUGCAUUCAAGAAGCGGCACAGAGGUUGUUCAUUUUGCAUUUUAGAUGUGGAAAAUGCAUCUGUUCCUGUAUUCCCACCCAGUGAAGAAGUUGUGGGUGUGAUAAGCAUGGAGGACGUUAUCGAGGAGCUUCUUCAGGAGGAGAUAUUGGACGAGACAGAUGAAUAUGUAAAUAUACACAACAGGAUAAAGAUCAACAUGAAUGCAUCCCACGAAAAGUUGCCUGGUCGAAGCUGGCCAGAGCCUUCUGAUGCUCCUUCUCAACUGGCAGCUCCAACUCCUCCGCUGCCCAAUUACUCGGUUCCCAGCACUACUUCAUCAUAUUGAUAACUAAAUUUAGGUUGAUUACAAGACAACAGAAGCUAGGAAGCUGUCUAGUAAGAAGAUACAGAACUAAUACGCCUGUAGAUUAUAGGAGACGUGCUUGUAGAUUGCUCUGGGAAAUGUAAGCACAUAUAAAGCCACAUUUGUUGGGUGACAUAUUUUGACAGUUUGGGUCUAGUCUAUCCAUAUAUAGAGAUGUUCCCGUUUAUCCAAUGAGAGGUUUUAGUCAACUUUUCCCCCUGCAUAUAUAAACAUCAUUGUAUAACUGAUCCAAAUAAGUAUUGGAUCGAUGGUCUAUUAUCAUGUUGAAUUCUUAAUCACAAAAUCUUUUAGAGA